CUUCUGUGACCUGGCUUCCAUCGACACAAUGCUAACUGACAUGCUGGCGGUAGUGAAAUCGUUUAUCGGCGCGAUGCGCAGCAGUUUCUACAUAAUCGACAAGGACCACAUCAGUGAGAUGAUGCAGGCAGACAUGUGGGACGACGGCUGGUCCAGCGACAGGAACACCAUGCCGAAGAAGAAGCUCAAAGUGAAUUUAAGUCUAGAACAAACUCCGGCGGGUUACGUGGCCCGCACUGGCGAGUCUCUGAACGUCAGGGAUGCCUACAAGGACCCUCGGUUUGCCAAGGAAAUAGAGCCCACCACGGGCACCGUCGUGAGAUCCUGUCUCGUAUCUCCUAUUACGGACAAAAAUGGAGUUAUUGCUUUUUUGGUGAAAGGACAAUCAUCAAAUGACUUUUCGCCCAUGGCCCAGGGCGUGGUCCAGCUAACCAACAAGACGACAGCGCAGCCGUUUGACGCGGACGACGAGAAAGUGUUCGCAGUGUUCGUCAGCUACUGCUCCCUCAUCGUGCACUUCUACAACAUGCAGCAGAAGAAGAUAUUCCAUGAUAACUUGAACCAUGUGUUCUGUGAGCUGAUGAGCCUCCACAUGAAGCCCUGUCGUCACGACAUGGACGACCUCCUAGAGUCCAGCGGCGUCAUCAUGCCGCCCAUCAAUUUUAAGAGUUUCGACUACCACAUAAGCGACAGCAGUAAGGAAGACAUGCCAGGUCUCCUCUGUAUAAUGUUCACCGAGACGUUCACAAAUCGGAACUUCGACCGUCUAGCUGUAGCGGACUUCCUUCUGUCAACGCUCUGCAGCUACCGGCAGAACCCGUACCACAACGCUGAACACGCCUUCUGUAGGUACAUGAUUCCAAUCAACCAAUAUCUCCCAAUGUGUCCUCCCCAGACAGCGGCUCUGAUGCUGGCGGGGCUGUGCCACGACCUGGACCACCCUGGGUACAACAACAACUUCCUGACGCUGUGCAAGCAUCCACUCGCCAGCAUGUACCGCACGUCUAUGCUUGAGAACCACCACUACUUCCUCGCCAAGAAGAUCAUUGAGGACAAGAAGAUUCUAAGUAGACUGCCUAUAAGUGACCAGCAGCGUAUUCUGGAGGAGAUAAAGUACAACAUCCUCUGCACGGACCUGGCCGUCUACUUCCAGAUCAGGGCACAGCUCACGCCGUUACUGGCGGAGCGGGUCUUUGACUGGACAGAAAAUUCACAUCGACGGAUGCUUAAGGGCAUUCUUAUGACAACGAGUGAUCUGUCAGGAUGCUGCAAACCAUUCGGUAUAGCGAAGGCGAUAGCGGAGUCCGUGUAUGAAGAGUUUUAUGCACAGGGUGACCGCGAGCGCGCAAUGGGCUACACCCCUCUCAGCAUGAUGGACCGCCGCCGCAGCAUCAACCAGCCCGCGGAACAAAUCCAGUUCCUCUCCGUCGUUGUGUUGCCCUGUCUGCUUAUGCUGCAGAACGUGUUCCCUAACACCAGCCCGCUUACUGACAACUGCAGGAAAACCCAAGAAGCAUGGCACGAAGAGAUAGAAAUCCGCGGCCAUAAGCUGUGGCGGCAACAAGAGUCAUUGCCUGACGAUUAUUUUUAA